AUGGCGGAAAAGAAAUUAGAAAAUAAAUCGUUCAACUCCUUUGAUGAUAAUGAAUAUGGAAAUUAUAUAAAGGAAGUAGUAACACCAUUAGGUGAUGUAUAUAUAAUAAAUGAAAAGACAAAUGAGAAAUUUAUCAAAGGAACCCAACGUCGUGAUGGUACAUUUAGAAAAAGUAUUCGCGUUAGAACGGAUUAUAUGCCUCAAGAAGAAAAUUGUGCAUAUAAAGUUAAGGCUAAAUUGGCGGAAGAAAGAAAUCAGAAUAAUAAUAAGAUAUUUCCCAGUAUUAGUACUAGAAACGAAGGGAUAAAAAUAAAUAAUGUUGCAAAUAAAAUUGGUGAAAAAAAAAUACCUGGGUGGAAUCCUGUUGAGGAUAAUGUAAACAACAGUGCUAAUAAUUUAAAAAAAAAAAAGAAAAAAAAAAAUAUUAAAAAUCAUGAAAAUGGACCAAAUUGA